UUCUUAAAAGUUGAUUAACUUCAACAGAAUCUUUUGUAUUAUUGUGUCAAUCGUUUUGCGUAAAUUUUGUGUGUCCAUCAUAUUAAUCACCAAAUGACCUCCUCGCUGACCAUUGAAAAUUCACUUAAGUUUUCAAUUGAUCGCAUCAUUGGUGAUCCCGAAGAUGCUGAAAUUAAAUAUGAUAAAAAAGUUACUGAAAAUGAUGAUAAAAACUCUGGUGACCCUAAUUCAUGGUACCAUGUUAAUCAAGUCUCAUGGGAAACAACUUACCAAGCAUAUCGGAAUAUCCUUGAAACAUAUUCAACUUACCAACAGAAUCAAUGUUAUCAUCAUAAUAAUAGUCACCACCUUCACAAUCAACAACAAUCAAGUCUCCUUGAGCCUGGGAUAAUUGGUUGUGGUCUUGUAAUCAAUGGAAAUGAUGAAACAUCUUCAUCUUCAUUUGUUCAUCAUCACUCUUAUCAUCAUCUUCAUCAUCAUCAUCAUCCUGGUAGCAAUUUAAAUCAACCAAAGAAACACCGUAAACCAAGCACUGAGCGUCGACCAAGACAAGCUUAUUCAGCGAAACAGUUAGAAAAACUUGAGAAUGAAUUUCAAAUUGAUAAAUAUUUAAAUGUUAGUAAACGUAUGGAAUUGGCGGUGACACUUAAUUUAACUGAGGUGCAGAUAAAAACUUGGUUUCAAAAUAGAAGGACCAAGUGGAAGAAGCAAAUAUCAGCGGCUUGGCAUUUAAAUAAUCACCACCAUCAGAAUUAUCAUCAAUCAGGGGAAUUGCAACUUGCAGUUAAAAGAUAUUCCUGAUUAAUCAGCUAAUCAACAGGAAAAUUGAAA